AGAUCGAUCGGCGUGAGAAGAAGAAGAAGAAGAAGAAGGGGGAGGAAAUCGAUCGGCGCGAGAGGUGCGUUUCAGGUGCCUUUUGUGGGAGUUGCUUUGUUAUGGGUGAGUUUUCAAUUCAGAUUAGCAGCGACCUUCUUAAUUGGCUUUCUAAUGACACCGAAAAGUUGAAGAAGAAAACUAAAAAAUCUAAAAAAGCUAAGGUACCCCGAGAGCCUAGACAGCCCUCAGCUAAGGUAAAUCAGAAGCAGAUUUCUGAUGAAUCUGAAACAUUUAAGGGGGCUGCUACUACAGGAUGGCCACUGCAGACUCCAUUAUUUGUACCUGUAAACACUCCUGCACAAUCUGCCUACACAGAGUUGGAUGCAAUUCGAUCUGUCCUUCAAGAUGGUGAGAGGGUUCUGGACAGGUUGCAGAAGCAGGAGGAAAAUAUGGUGCAGGAAGUAACACAAAGAGCCAAGGAUCUCCGAGAAAAGGAGUUCAAGCUUCCAUACCAGAAGCCUAUGCCUUGCUUGGCUGAGAAUAAUGCUUGGUUGGAAUGCUACAAGGAACAUGCAAAAGACAUCCUGAAAUGUUCUCCUCUAGUUAAAAGCUUUGAAGAUUGUAUUCGCCGAGCUAGGCAGAACGUGAGUUCAGAAAUGAAGUAGACAUUCCUAGAAGAAAUUUUUUUCUGGUCACAUACAUGAGUGCAAGCUAAUGUCCGGUUUAAGUGACACCUAGAUUUUUGUGGUACAAAUAAUUACACACUCAUCGAUAUCUCCAUUAAUGGAUUGCAUGGUUUUUUUUUUUUUUUUUUUUUUUUUUUUUUUU